AAAAUGUUGAAUAUAAAAUGUGUAGUCGUGGGAGACGGAGCUGUAGGGAAAACAUCCAUGUUGACCAGUUUUUGUGAAGGCUCAUUCCCUGAAGACUAUGUCCCCACAGUAUUUGACAACACAACCAUUGACAUGACAGUGGAUGAAAAGGAGGUCAGCCUAGGCCUGUGGGAUACAGCUGGUCAAGAAGAUUAUGACAGGUUAAGGCCUCUGUCAUACCCUGGAGCUGACUGUUUCAUUCUCUGUUUCUCAUUGUGUAACAAAGCAAGCGCAGACAACAUCAAGGCAAAGUGGUACCCAGAAAUUCACUAUCACUGUCCCUAUGCACCCAUCAUUCUAGUGGGCACGAAGCUAGAUGUCAGGCAAGAUAAGGCAAAGCAGACUGAUGGUAAAAAGGUCGUGUCCAAAUCAGAAGGGGAGAAAAUCGGGAAAUCUAUCAAAGCCAACAGGUACCUAGAGUGCUCUGCCUUGACCCAAGAAGGACUAAAAGACAUUUUUGAAGAAGUGGUUAGAGCUUAUCUGUACAAAAAACCCAAGCACAAAAGUAACGGCAAAGGAUGUGUUAUGUUAUAGUUUUGUUUUAAAUUAUUUAUUUGAUUCAUCUCUCCAACUGUUUUUUUUUUUUAAAUAAUUUUAUUUUACUGUAAACAAAAAGUUGCUGAGUUUCUUUCAACAUUUUUUUUAGAAUAGGCAGAUUCUAAACAUUUAAAUAAUUGGUAAGUGUAUGAAGUCUUAAACGACAUUUUAAAAAUUUGAUAUUUCAUUCAUCACCCCAAACCUAAUUAUUCUUUUUUAAAUCUAAUAAAAAUUAGAUUUUUACUACCUGUUUUGCUGCUAGGGUUAUGGUCGGGAUUAGAGAAACAGUUGUAUUAGGUUGCAUUAGGUGUUUGAUACUUGUAAACAUUUUGUUUGCAUUUUAAUAAGUAAAAUAUUUUGAAAAAAAAAACAAUUAAUUUUCAGCAAAAAUAUUUUAUUGUCUUAACUGCAUGUUAUUCUGCCUACAGAAUUUACUUUUGAUUUAGUUUUUGUUUAAAUAUGUUUUAAAUAUUUAAAUACACCAACAGUAUUUAUUAUUGAAAUAUGUGUAUGAAACCAGAUGAAUGCUGAUGUUUUUUGACAGACUGAAUGUAAUUGAAUGUGUAUACAAAAAAAUUUCCACCGAGCAUUUACUCUGACUUGCCUAUUUGCCCAUGUGUAAGAUGUAAGCCUUAUUUUCUUUGUACUGACUGCUCUUAGGUUCACAAAUUUCAAUGUUUAUCUGGCAAACUGCUCUGUAUAUACUAUUAUGGAGUAAAACAAUUUGAUACAAAUGACUUUUUUUUCAUCAUUUGAUACAUAUAAAUUUAAUAUUUUUAAAAUUAUAAUUUCAAUCCAAUCAGACUAAUUCAUAAAAUACUUGAAUCAUUGUUUAUUGAUGAAUAAUUUCGUUAAUUUUUAUAGAGAUCUGUACUUUAUUUUAUGUAUAUAUUUUUUAAACACACCUUUAAAUUUGUAUAGCAAAUCAUAAAAGGUAAUUUUGAUGGUUACCAACAAAAUUUAAACCAUAAAACACAAUAUUAAAAGAUGAAGGUGGAUUUUAAAAUUCACUUAAGGUAAAAUUGCCUGCGUUGAUAACCAUCUAUAUAAACACAAAAUCAAAGUGACUUACUUUAUUUUGCAUGAAUUCGUGACAUUUUGGUACGUCAACUAUGUUUAUUUUACAUGUUUAAAAUAAUUAUUUUAUUUUCUAAAUUAACAUUAAAUUUAAUUUGAGAUAAGUAUCACUUUUUGUGUAAAGUAUCUUGCAGGCUAAGAUUUUAUGGUCCAAACUUUCUCUAGAUAUAAAGAUGCAAUAAAUCGUGGUAUAAGUAUAAACAUGUAAGUUUACAGAUUCACUAUUGAUAAUGGUGGUUGCAAAUUCAUCAAGUCAUUUAGUCUUAGCUUGUUAUAUGGCUAGGUUCAUGUGGUAAGAUAGUCAUUUCUUGGACACUUAAGCUACUGACACCUAGGCUAAUGGGUUCUCCUGACACUUACGCUACUGAUAUCUAGGCCAAGGAGUUCUAAUGACACCUAGGCUACUGAGUUCUUCUCUGAGCUAUUCCCUCCAACUGCGCUCAGUUGUAAACCAUCUUAUGACCACCCCCUCCCCCCUUCUGGUCCCAUGUGGUUGUCCAAAUAUGAUGUCAUACUCCUAGAGGAGAGGGGCAUUGAACUCCAGUGACAGUGUAUGUUGAGGAGCCCACUAUUAAAUACGAAAAAAAAAAUCCUGUUUUUAUUUGUAAAAAAACCCACCUAUUUAGGGAGGGUAGUGUAAAUUGUGACAUCAUUUACAUAGGCUUUUGACUUUAGUGACAACCUGUGUGUGGAGUAUCAUAAAUUGUGACAUUAAAUAAGGGACGCUUCUCACUUAAGUGACAAUAUUGGAUACUGGAGAAAGAAUGAUGAGUUUGUUUUAAAAUACAUGACCUCAUGUAUGGGCAACCUAUAAGCCGAGUGUUUUCCAAAUGAAUAGAAUAAUCAGCGGUGCCUUCUCUAGGUUACACAAUUAUACGAUGGCCCACAAAUUUCAUCAAUUUCUUGUAUUCCUAUUAAAAAUUUACUGAGCUUCUUUUAUAGCUUUUAAUCAGAGAAUCAUAAAUCAUUUCGAAUAAGUUGUUUGCCUUGUAAAUCGUCAAAUUAAAUUUGUUAUGCAUUUAAGAUGUGAUCAAUUCAUAAAAAUACUUUUUCACAUAGUUCACUACUCUUUUUUAUGUUAAUUGAUACGUUCUUUUCUUAUAUAAUUCAUCUAAAGUAUUAAUUGUGUUCACAAGAGCAUAUUGAGGACAAUUAAUCCUUGUGGAGUGAAAAGUAAAAAAGUAAAGUUCCCUUUCGAACAUGACGAUCUAUAGGGCAAAUGAAAUAAAGUUCACUUGUUUCUGUGACCUCGGCAUAUGAAGAGAUAGUGUGGUCAGCAUUAUGCGUUUAUGCCGAGCCACCUUUACUUUCCCUAACAUGAGUUAGGUACCCAUUAGAGUUGGGUGGACUCAGGGAUGGUCUACUGACUUGAACCCGGAUUCGAACUCGAGACUAACGGGUUAGCAGUCCAGCUCUCUACUGCUAGAACACUCUAUCCCAGUGGAGUUAAAUAGUGCAGAAAAUAUGGACUAGUUUAUAAGCCAUCCCUACUAAUUCAUAUCAUUAACAUCACAGAUACUUCAUCCCUAAUCUUAAGGGCUGUAGUGCUCUCAUUAACAAUAUUUACAAGUGAUUAUGGUAUGCAUGUGGUUUUUUACUAAUGAUAAGAAUUGAAAAUCUGAUGGCUGUGAAAAUGUAAAAAAAUAUGCUGCAUUGAAGAUUGUGUGGAAGAUGAAAUUAGGGUGAAACAGGAAUGUUUUUUAAUAGCGCUAAACAUUGUUUUUAGUAGAACCAAAAUGUUUUUUUUCUGGGGACCAAAAUGUUUUUAAUGGAGCCAAAAUAUUUUUAAUGGGAUCAAAAUAUUUUUAUUGAGAUCAAAUUAUUUUUUUUUUAUUGUGACAAGAUGUUCUUAUUAGAAAUAUGUUUUAUGUUGAAUCAAAAUAAAUCUUUUGAGACCAAAAUGUUUUUAGUGGAACCAAAUUUUUUAAAACUGAAAUCUGAUUGUUUUUAAUAAACAAAAGAUUUUUUAGUGAGAUAACAAUAUUUUAGUAAACCACAAAAUUUAGUUUAGUGGGCCUGAAAUGUUUUGGUGAAAACAAACUGUUUUCAUUGAUUUGGAUAUAUUUUUAAAAUUUUUGUCUGUUUAAAAUUUAAGAAAUAAUUGUUUCUAUGCUAUUGAUUUGCUCUGACAGUAAUUAAAGCAAUGAAAAUAAUUAUUUCAAAUAUGUUAUACACUUCCAAAAUUUAAAUGUUUAAACGGUUUUAAAAAUUUAAACAAUUUUAAAAAAUUAUUGCUGUAUUUUACAUUAGUUGUAUGUAUUAUAACCUCAAACAUUUGCUUUAUCUUUCUCGAAAAAAAAACCAAGUAUCAUUAUAAAAAUGAAUUAGGCCUUAAAAGUUUUUCCCCUUCGCUGCCUUGAAUUUAUGCAAAAAUAAAUCUUAAACCAAAGUAUUUUUGAAUAUACUUUUGUGCUACAUGAAUAGAUCGUAUAGAUAAAGACAUCUCUGAGAGCAUCACUGAAAUGUGUAAUUAAAAUGGAAUAAGCCACUACAUGUGUAAUUAAUUCUUGUUACGUUAUGUACUAAGUUUUUGCAUAACUCACACCUCAUUAAAUUAAACCAUGACAAAAUUAUCAUUCAAUUCAUCAGCGUAGUUAAAAUUACCGUACUUUAAAAAAACCUGAUUGGAUGUUAAGUUGAAUGGGAAGAUCAAGACCGCUAUUACUUUUUAUUGGAGCUAGAGCAAUAGAUCCUGCACAGUGGCAAAGUCUAUAGACUUUAAGCUUAGUAGGCUACAUGACUUGUAUGCAGGGGUCGUCCAUAUAUUUUGUUUGUUCUUAAUUGUAAUGUUGGAAGGGAUUUCUCCAACAUUAUUAAGUAUUACAAGUCAACUUGUUAUGCACCACGUAGGUCGUUGAGUCCAAUUUCAGCCUGUUUUUCUUUCUGGAUUCGCUUCCUUAGCCUUUUUCUAACCAAGAACAAACUACAAGGCAGCAGUUGUUUGUUUUCGGAGUUGUCUCUCCUUGGUGGGUUGCUGUCCCCAGAUAUUGACGCUUAUCUGCCCGGGGGCUCGAACUCCGGACUUUUCAGCUAAGCAACCAUGUGCCCCAACCACACAGACCCCUAGUCCAUAUAUGACCUCAUAUAUUUUAGCCUGUUUUUAUACUCCACCCCCACCUACACACACUCUUUAUCCAGAGUUUCUUUCUGGCAUCUCUUUGAAGAACGUCUACACCCCCCCCCACCCAUGAAAUGGGUACUUUUACAAAUGUCUACCAGAAAGUAUCAAGUGCACCCUCCCUUCCCCCAGGAGAAAAAAAGUCUUAAAGAAACACUGACAUUAUGUUUUUCAUCAUUUUAGUUCUUUAAUGCACUUUAAAAACAUCAAACACAUGUGCUGUUGAUAUGUCAGAUUUUAUUAAAUCCCCAACCCCUUACCUCUAAAUAACACAUCUUCAUAAAAGUUUGAUUCCAACCCCUUUGUAGUAUGACUUCAUCAAUGGACGACCCUCGGUAUUAUAUCAUUCUUGAAUUCUGGAUGAGAAGAAUUGUAACAGAAACAAAA